AUGAACGGCAAUGCACACCCCAUUGCGCCUCUCGACGCGUCCUUACUCAAAAUCACCCAUGUGGAGACCUUGAAGCCAGUCCCAACGCCCGGAACAUAUGGAUUUGGAGAUAUUAAAACGGACUACAUGUUGGUUAUGGAGUACACUGCAGGAUCUGGCUGGUCAGCGCCAGAAAUCAAGCCCUAUGGACCACUAGCGCUUGACCCCGCGAGCAACUGCUUACAAUACUGCACUAAUGUCUUUGAGGGGAUGAAGGCAUUCAUUGGGCCCGACGGAAAGGCGCGAAUGUUUCGCGCUGACCAAAAUAUGACGAGACUUGUCUCGUCUGCGGAAAGGAUGGGGUUGCCGACCUUCGACCCCGACGCACUUCUCAAAUGCAUUACAGCGCUCGUCAGCAUCGAAAGAAGGUGGAUACCUGCAGAAAAUGGCCAUAGUCUUUACAUUCGGCCGACAAUGAUCGGCACCAAAGCCUCGAUUCGUGUGGGCAAGUCAGACUCAGCGUUGCUAUAUACCCUCGUCACACCCGUUGGCCCCUACUUUCCGAUCUCCCCUGCGAUCCCCCACCCAACGCUUGCUGGCGUUUCCCUUCUUGCCAUUUCAGAGCAUGUGCGGUCGUGGCCUGGCGGUACUGGCGGAUACAAACUCGGCUUGAACUACUCGCCUGGCUUUGUCCCACAGACCCUUGCCGCGCAGGAGGGCUAUGAUCAAGUAUUAUGGUGUUUGGAUGUUGGAAAAAAACCGGAGGAAGGCGCGGUCAUCAGUGAGGCCGGUGCCAUGAACUUUUUCGCUGUUUUGGCGAACGAGGGCUCAGAUGGUGGAAUCACCAUUGUUACGCCUCCGUUGGAUGGAACGAUCCUCCCUGGGAUCACGCGGGACUCAGCGCUACAACUGCUGAGAGCCCAUGCCGACUCGUUAUCAACAUCCUCCACAUCACCGUUUUCCUCCCCACUCCAUUCCGGCUCCGGCCCGAUCUCCGUAAUCGAGCGACCACUUUCUUUGUCAGAACUUGCCCAAGCUGCCCAGGCCGGCCGUCUGCUUGAAUGCUUUGGCACAGGUACCGCCGUUCUCGUCGUUGCCAUUGAGCGCAUUGGGUAUUACCCUUUGUCCAAGACAACUGCCGUGCCCAUCGAUUCUGAACACACAGAGAACACACCCAAGAUCACGGAUAUCGUCAUGAAGGGUGGCUUGAAGGGCCUGGGUCAGGUCGGAAAGGCACUGUAUGAGAAGCUGGGUGCCUUGAAGGAUGGGAGCGAAGAAUGGAAUGGGUGGAACGUCGUAUGCGAAUAA